AGGCUAGCUUUGUUUUAUUUCUCAACCAAUAGAAAGUGUAUGGUAGCUAGAAUAAUUUUUGGCCAAAACUUUGUCACUUCUCCAGAGCAAAGAAGUAUCAACAACAAAAAGAAAAAAUUAGUACUUUUUGAAACCCUAAGUUUGAUUCAAGACUUACCUGGUUGUUGGUUUAUGGAAUAUCUGUACAGAACAAGAUUCUUACCAUCAUAUAUUGAGAAUGGAUAGUCUUGUACAGCAUGUCGAGAAUGUUAUUUAUUUUUCACAACAACACAAUAGAGAUAAGGUCAAUCUUCUAAAUUCAAAUGGUUAUGUUUUCUGUGGUCCUUCAAUUUUGAAACAGAAUGAAAGCAUGAUAUACUCUGUGGACCAUUGGGAAGCAUUAAGCAACAAAAUCUCUGUACCUAUUUGUCAACCUAACAAGCUUACGCCUGGUGUAUUUUCCAGGUAUGUUAGAAUCAAGUUGGAUGAUUUUGACAAAGAGCUGUCAGAUGCAAGAUCGUGCAUGAAUCUUUUUGUAAAAAAACAUUACAGAGUAAGGAGGACAUAUCCGGAAAUUGAUUCUGAAGAGGCAGAUCUCAUAUCAUUUUUGUACCAUUAUAUAAAAACAACAACACCAAUGUCCCUCUUAGUAACUAUACGUGAUAAGGAUUUUUGUUUUGAACGAAAUCGCCAAUUGAAUGAUGUGAGUUACAAAAGGUGUUGUGCAGAUUAUGUGUCUGAUAAUUAUGGGAUUGUGCUGUUCAAAACGAAUGAGAGGAAGUUGAAGCUUUUUUAUUUGGACUUGCUGUCGGGAUAUACAGAUCAUGGAGAUAUAAAAUGUUCUCCUAGAAGAUUUGGUGUCCGUUUUUACAAAUGCGUAUUGUGGGUUAUUCACGAACCUGUAGCCUGCGUCUCAGAGAUUUGGUUUGUUAGGUUUGGAAUAGAUCGGUUAAAGCCCACUAAGUUAUUUUUGACCACUGAUAGGAAUCACGGAAAUUUGGUUCAUAGUGUAACUGCAUCAAGAAAUCUCCUGGUGUUUUCUGGUCUCAAAACGUAUUUGUUUUUUGAUGAAAAAACCAGAGUCCUCUCACAAAAAACAUUCCCCGAUAAUGUUUUUAAUAAAAUUUCUACAGUGUAUGCUGUUAAUAAGAUGUUAUUAAUCCAAGGCAAACCCAGAGAAGCCUUGCCACCGUUGCUGUACUUAGCUACAGUAUUCCCUGAUGUGAGGAUUAGGAAAGAGAUUGAUUUGGCUAAACUUUUUACGAACUACAAACAUUACAUCCCGUUCGGUUUCGAACUGGAUGUCUUUCCUUCCGCGAUGAAAGCCUUAGUUAGGAGCAGAGAAAUGUGGUCGUUAUGUUAUGUGGUCGUUGUUGACCUUCGAUUGGGUAUUGUAUCACAGAUAUUAACCUAUAUCGAUUGCUUUUGGCAGCAUAAGCUCCUUGUCGAUUUUUCCAGAAAUGGAAAGGAAAUAAGAUUGAUAGGAAAGGAGAGAUCAUCGGGUGGUCCUGGAAGCAAACCUGGUACAGAAUAUAUGUGUAUAAAGUUUUCUGUUUGGAAUGGUAUGAAAUUAACAGAUCUUUGUAAAAAAACAUUGACGCAUUAUUUUUCUUGGGAGACAAUUCAGACAUUUGGUCUUUCAAAACAUCUCUUAAAGGAUAUCGAGGAUAAUUAUACUUAAAUUAUGUUUAUAAUAUUUUUUAUUUUUUUACUUGUAAGUGUUAUGUUUUUUAUUUAUUAUCAAUAUUAAACAUAUGUUUUUGA